CUACAAGUUCGCAUAAAACAAGAUAAUAAUAAAUUCGAUUCUCGAUUUUGGAUUACCUAUAAAAGAUGUCCUGAGUAUUCAAUCAGACACUGUUCAUUACGAGCUCUCAUAACUAACAAUAUGAAAUUCCUCAUCGUUCUCGCCGUCGCCGUGGCCUGUGCCAGCGCUGAUGUGUCUCACAUCUUGACCCCCGACUACCAGGUCCCCAUCGUCAGGUCCGACUUUAAGAACAACCCUGAUGGCACCGGAUUCAACUACGCCUUCGAAUCCGGCAACGGAAUCGUCCAGGAAGCCCAAGGUGUUGUCAAGAACCCCAACAGCGAAGCCGCUACCCUCGAAGUUAAAGGCAACGUGAAAUACACAGCACCUGACGGUACCCCAGUUGAGCUUUACUACGUCGCCAACGAAGAUGGAUACCAGCCAACCGGAAGCCACGUCCCCAAAGUCCCCGAGCACGUUCUCCGCGCCCAAGAGUACAUCGCCAGCCACACACCAUUCGUCCAAACUGUAGCCAAGAAGGUCUAAGCACGAUUUAAGGAAUUUGUCUGGAUUGUUAUGUCACGUUGAAGUAUUGCAAUAAAGUCUGAAUUAGUUAA